AUGCCUUCAGGUCAUGUUGAAGAUAACACCCUUCCUACAGGUUACAAUGCUGUGCGCUUGCACACAAAUGAAAUGGAAACCGGAGUCACAGAUGCUGUUCAAAGACAUGCCAAGCGCCAUGUCGUUCCCCCCAAACCCGUCUCUCAACGGAAACUAGAUUUUGAGCAUCUGCGGCCACGGUGGAUGCGGGAGAUGGCAGCAGAGGCUUUGGGUGUCUUUUUCUACGUAUAUCCUGGAAUCGCCUCUCAGGCUACCUUCUUUCUGAACCCGAGCGGGCCAGGCUCCGGAUCCAUCUUCCAAAUCGGCUGGGGCUACGCCAUUGGCAUCGCUUUCGCUAUCAUUGUCUGUGGCCCUACCUCUGGUGGGCAUUUCAAUCCGGCCAUUACCAUCUGCCUUGCAGUAUGGCAAGGUUUCCCUUGGUCAAAGGUACCAAGGUACAUAUUUGCUCAAAUAUUGGGUUCCUUCAUAGCUGGUCUCUUGUUGGUCGGGCAGUAUUGGCCGCAAAUAUCGCAACUCGAGGCACAGUUCAGAGCAGAAGGUCUGAGUCCCAAUUCUAACGGAGGACCGGGAAGCAUUCUGUGCUCUUUCCCGGGUUCAGCGCAAACGAAUUACGGCUACCUGUUCUUCAUCGAGUUCUUCGUUGAUAGCUUCAUCGGACUUGUAAUCUGGGCGGUUCUUGAUCCCGCGAACCCGUUUAUUGCUCCAGCUUCAGCACCCUUUGUCAUCGGUCUCGCUUAUGCGAAUAUGGUAUGGGGUUUCGCCGACGCAACGAUCUCUACGAAUCUGGCCCGUGAUCUGGGAACCCGAAUGGUCGCUGCCAUUUUUUGGGGUGGAGAUGCCUUCGGCAAAUAUGCAGCUAUUGCGAUCCUUACGAACGUUCCAGCGACUUUGUUUGCCACCUUGGUCUACGAGGUUGUCUUAAGAGAUAGCUUCGCAAUCAUUGCCAAGGGGCAUGCCGUACAUGAGGACGGAGAAGAAGGACUGGCGCAGCAUAUGACGAAGAGCGGAACGCCGCAGCAGGGCCCAGCAGGCAAUGUUGUCAGGAGUCAUCAAAGAAGCACUGAUGGGAGCCAACAACAGAAACAAGAUAUUUCCCCAGUCUAG